AUGUUCACACGCGCUAGCGUCCUGUCACUCAGUUUGUCAUGCAUUAUCAGCUCUACCGCCGCGCUAGACUUGGAUGUUCAGAACCAGGACUCCAUCAAGGGUGCUGCGAAGACGCUUGCGAACGGUCUCGUUACUUUCUACAAUGAGAGCGUUUCGGAAUCUGGAAUCCCCGGCAUUUUCCCCGAUCCCUACUACUGGUGGGAAGCCGGUCUAGUCUUCAACGCGCUGAUCGACUAUUCAUACCUGACUGGCGAUAGCCAGUAUGACUCUAUCGUUUCCGAAGGCAUCCAAGCGCAGCUUGGUGAGGACUUUGCCUUUAUGCCAGCAAAUCAAACUGGACAAAUUACCAACGAGGAUCAAACCACCUGGGCUCUAGCAGCCCUGACCGCGGCCGAAACUGGCUUCUCAGCACCAGAGAACAGAUCGUGGGCUGAAUACGCUGCCGAGGUAUUCGAUGUGCAGGUGCUAAGAUGGGACGAAGAAACCUGUGGAGGAGGUCUUCGUUAUACAAUCUUCACGUUCCAGUCUGGAUACGACUACAAAUCCAAUGCUGCCACCGGCGACUUCUUCCUCCUGGCUGCCCGCCUAGCCAAGCUUACCGGCAACGAAACUUACUCUGAAUGGGCGGAUAAAUCGUAUACCUGGGCCAAGGACCGGGGAUUGAUCAGCGAUGAUUAUGAUGUUUACGACGGUACUUCUGCCGACUUGAAUAAUUGCGAGGAUGCCAAUCGCAUGCAGUGGUCGUACAUCCACUCGGUAUAUACGGAGGGCUCUGCUAUCAUGCAGAACAUCACAAACGGCGCACAGAAAUGGACCGAUGCUGUACAAGGCUUCGUGAACUCUUCCAAUGUCUUCUUCGAAGACGACAUUCUCACCGAGAUAUCCUGCGAACGUAACGGUCAGUGCACUAUCGACAUGCGUUCUUUCAAAGGUAUCACCGCACGCUCGUAUGCCCGUGCAGUCAUCGCCGCCCCUUCCCUCGCAGAGCCGCUCACCAAGAAGCUCGAAGCGUCCGCCAAAGCCGCCGCUGGUAUAUGCGAAGAGGUUUCGGAAGACGUCAAGUGCUCGCACUCAUGGGAUCAUGCGGAUAGUUUGGAAACUGCUAGCGACGGCAAUUUAGGUGAGGUGUUCAGUGCGCUGGCUAUAGUGCAGAGCUUGCUGUUCUCAAAGGCUAAACCGCUCGCUUCGAAUGGGACGGAAGCUGGAGCUGGUGACAACGCGACGCAGAACGGGGAUGCGUCGGGUACAUCUGGUGCCGAAGUGCCCAAAGAGACGGGCGCGGCAGGGACGAUCGCUGCGAGUGUUACGGCGGUCUUGGCUGUGGCUUUUGCUGCGGCGUUGAGUUGUUAA